AGAAGAUGAAGUGGGAAGUCCGCAAAUGGGAAUAGAAACUGCUGAACGCCGAAAGUGAUGAUUUGACGUUAUGACUUAUUGGAAUUUAUGACAGCCGUGCUCUACAGUGACAUUUAGCCGUCAUUUUCAGCAUCUCUAAAAUACUUCAGCAGCAGGUGACCAGGUGUGUACUUGUCGUGGUACCAGGUGAGCAGCACCAACCAUCGUCGUCAUCAUGGGUUUUCUGCUGUCUAAAUCCAUGGAUGCCAACUUGAAGAAGCAACAAGAGUUCAUGCUUCACAACUCCAGGCUGCAGAUGGAGCGUCAGAUGGAGAUGCAGAACCAGAUGCGGGAGCGACAGAUGGCCAUGCAGGUGGCCUGGUCCAGAGAGUUCCUCAAAUACUUCGGAACCUUCUUCCUAGUGGCCUCCACAGGACUCACCCUGGGGGCCAUGAAGAGAAAGACGCCAGCCAUGUUGGCCCCCAUCUUUCCUCUCAGCUUCAUCCUGGCCUACCAGAUGGACAACGCCUACGGGACCCUGAUUCAUCGAAUGAGAGUAUUGGGACACCUGGGCGUUCUCACCCAGAGCCAUCACAUUCCACUCUUUUCACAUAAAGGAUCUUUGACUAGCAUUUUUGCAGGGAGGCCGAGAGCAUCAUGGCGUCAGAACGCGAGCGUCUGGGCCUUCCUCAUGGGACUCCAACCUUCGACAGCGUAGAGAAAGCCCGCCGCGCUAAGAGCAGCUUGGCCUCCAUCUUGGACAAGUGACGGCUUUCUUC